AUGUCGGGGAAAAUAGAGAGCAAGCAAGACUCGCAGAGGUCCCACCUGUCCUCGUUCACUAUGAAGGUGAUGAACAAAUUCCACUCUCCCAAGAUCAAACGGACCCCAUCCAAGAAGGGCAAACAGCUACAGCCCGAACCCGUGGCCAAGAGCACAGAGAAACCGGAAAACAAGAAGGUGAGCCGCCUGGAGGAGCAUGAAAAGGAGGUUGUGAGUGCACUGCGUUACUUUAAGACCAUUGUGGACAAAAUGGUUGUGGAGAAGAAGGUGUUGGAGAUGCUUCCAGGUUCUGCCAGUAAAGUACUAGAGGCCAUCCUGCCCCUGGUUCAAGUGGAGGCUCGGAUACAGCACAGCUCUGCGUUGUCUUCCUGUCACAACCGCGUCUACCAAAGUCUGGCAAAUCUUAUCCGAUGGGCAGACCAGGUGAUGCUCGAUGGCAUAGACUUGGAGGACAAGGAGAACGUGGCGGCCGUUACCAACGUUAUAAAAGCUGUUUUAGACGGAGUAAAGGAAUUGGUGAAGCUUACUAUCGAAAAACAGGAGCAACCAUCACCCACUACUCCUAACAAACCCGUACCACCUGCUACACCGACGGAGAACAGCGAGACUCCCUCCCUGGAGCAGGAGGAGGACUCUCCAAAAGUGACCCCAGCGUCUCCUCUGGCUGAGGCUUCUACUAACGGACAAGAGGAGGAUGUGGCGCCCCCAAAACCUCCGCUCCCUGAAGCCAAAAUGGCCGAACUCAGAGCACAGUUGAGUGCUGAUGCUGGCCAAAGAAGAGCUUGCCCAAAGGAGAAUCCUCCACCAGCCUUACCACCUAAAAAGCGCCAGUCUGCCCCUUCACCAACACGAGUGGCAGUGGUGGCCCCCAUGAGCCGCGGGUCCAGUUUACCGUGCAGCGUUCACAGACAGCAGCAGGACUACGAGCAGGAGUUUCUUCAGAGGCGAUUCUCUGGUGGAAGUCAGUCGUACGGUGGGGAUUCCCCGCGCCUGUCUCCGUGCAGCAGCAUGGGCAAACUUAGCAAGUCUGACGAGCAGCUGUCCUCCAUGGAGCAGGACAGCGGUCAGUGCUCUCGUAACACUAGCUGUGAAACUCUUGACAAUGCUGAAAACUAUGACCCGGAUUACGACUUCCUCCAUCAGGACUUGUCAAAUGGAGAAAACCUGCCCCCUAUCCCAGUGGGGGGUUGUCUCAGCCCUCUCCCAGAAUCCCACAGCGAAUCCUCAUCCCCUGUGCCCGGACAGCACCCUUCUCAUCCUCGCUUCUGCGCCCCAACAUCGCAGCAACGGCCCGAAUACUGGACGCCACAACCGAACCAGACCAACCCUUUACACGCAUCUCGCAUAAGCGCACCCCCUGCAUUGCCUCAAAAGAAGAGGCGGAGCACGCAGACGUCGGCCUUCUCGGACGGCUCUCGCGUGCUCUACGAACGUUAUCCCUCUCAAUACGACAACCUGUCAGAGGAGGAGCUUCACCCGACCCCACCCUUCCCCCUUUUUACUCCCAUCUCGCCGAUGCCUCAGUCCAACGGAGGAGUUUUCGUCGCUCAGUACAUGGCGAGUGAGAAUCCAGACGUGCCCUCCAGCCCGCCUCCUUUACCCGAGAAGAAAAGUCGGCACAUUCUCCAGUACAUGCAGUUUGUGGAGGACUACUCGGAGCCGCAGCCUUCUGUAUUCUACCAAAUGCCACAGAGUGAGAGCAUCUACGAACAGCGUAAUAAGCGCUUUCAGGAAGUCUACGGCUUUAAUGACUCCUUCAGCAGCACAGACUCUGUCCACGAGCCAGUCCAACCUCCAGCACUACCACCAAAGCAACGACAACUGGCGUCUCACUCCUCUUCCCCUUCUUCCUCCUCUUCCUCCUCUUUGUCUUGCCACCUCCAGCCGUCUAUCGCGGCCAUGGAGGACUCGGGCUCAGGUCUGGGCCUCAGCAUGUCUGUGUCUAACUCAUACCUGAUUGGCCAGACCUCUCUGACCACUCCCACGAGCUUGGACCAGGGCGCCUUGACCAAUGCCACCUGUCUGGAAGGCAGCGGGACUGGCUCAAUGGGCUCUGUGGCUGUCUGUCUUCCCUCUGAGUCUUCUCUUACUGAUUCUCUCCAUACUUCUGCGAGCGAGAGCGCCAACGACGAGGGUGGAGAGGGGGAGUACGUCAACUUGUACUCAUCCAGCCAGGCCAAUGGGGAGCGACUCCUCUCCCACAGAGAAACUAAUUCCACUGAGGAUGUGCUUCAAGAUUCAACGCCUCAAAUUACAUCAAGCAAUAGCAAAGAAGCGAUAGACAAAGCACGGAGAACAAAGUCUGAAGAUUCAGCCGAGAGCGAUGAAGAAGACGUUGAUGAGUUGUCCCUUAUUGACCACAAAGAGAUUAUGAGCAGAAUAACCCUAAAACAAGAGAACGAUGACGGCCCCGAUGUUCGAGCCGGAUCGGGGGACAUUUUAUUAGUCCACGCAACGGAAACUGACAGAAAAGAUCUGGUUCUCUACUGUGAAGCAUUUCUGACGACUUACCGGACUUUCAUCUCCCCAGAAGACCUGAUCAAGAAGCUGCACUAUAGAUAUCCUUUUUAUGAAUAUACACAUCCGGAUAUAUUCAAGAAGAGAGUCAGCAAGAAUACGUUCUUUGUGCUGGUCCGAGUGGUGGAUGAGCUGUGUCUGGUGGAGCUCACGGAGGAUAUCCUGAAGCAGCUGAUGGACCUGGUGUUCAGGCUGGUGUGUAACGGGGAGCUGAGCCUCGCCCGCGUGCUCCGCAAAAACAUCUUGGACAAAGUGGAGCAGAAGCGGCUGCUGCGCUACACCAACUCCCUGAAGCCGCUGUCUGCGCGCGGCGUCUCUGCCAGACCUGGAACGCUCCACGACUUCCGCAGUCAUGAGAUUGCAGAUCAGCUCACUCUUCUCGACGCGGAACUCUUCUAUAAAAUUGAGAUUCCUGAAGUUCUUCUUUGGGCGAAAGAGCAAAAUGAAGAGAAGAGUCCAAACCUGACACAGUUUACAGAACAUUUCAACAACAUGAGUUACUGGGUUCGCUCGUUAAUAAUCCAGCAGGAAAAACCCCAAGACCGGGAGAAGCUGCUUCUCAAGUUCAUAAAAAUAAUGAAGCACUUACGAAAACUGAAUAAUUUCAACUCGUACUUGGCCAUACUGUCCGCGCUGGACUCGGCCCCCAUCAGGAGACUGGAGUGGCAGAAGCAGACGUCUGAGGGACUGGAGGAGUAUUGCACUUUGAUUGACAGCUCCUCGUCCUUCAGAGCGUACAGAGCGGCGCUGGCGGAAGUGGAACCUCCGUGUAUCCCCUAUUUGGGUCUAAUUCUACAGGACCUGACCUUUGUGCAUUUGGGGAAUCCAGAUCUCAUUGAGGGGAAAGUAAACUUCUCCAAACGCUGGCAGCAGUUUAACAUUUUGGACAGCAUGCGGCGGUUCCAGCAAGUGCAUUAUGAGCUGAAACGGAAUGAAGAUAUUGUAUGUUUCUUCAAUGACUUCAGUGACCACCUGGCGGAGGAGGCACUAUGGGAGCUGUCACUUAAAAUAAAGCCCAGGAACAUUGCUAGACGUAAAACAGAACGCGAGGAGAAGACCUAG